AUGUUUGUGAUUGCUGUAAGUGGUUGGAUUAUCGGAAGCGGCGUCAUUGAAUUGCCGUUUGGAAAACGUUGGCCCAUCGCCAGCUGCAUCUACUCGCUUCUCUUGCUACUCGGAUACUGUGCUACGAGUAAAGUAACGUUGGAAAACACUGAAUUGGUUAUGAUAUCGUUAUCCGAGAUCACGUCAUUGAUCCUUUCCAUAGCGAUUUGUGUAAGCAUUUGUGUCGUCGUGUGCAACACGAUUAACGGUUGGAAGAGCAUCAAAGGUGUGCAAAUGAUAAUGGAGCGUUUGGAAGCGUCAGGCAGGAGAAUAAACGAACUAGGAAUCUUCCGAGACUACAGAUUCGUUUACCGACGUCACUUAAUCACCCUGGUUGUUGAAAUUUUUUGUAUCGUCUGCAUCGUCGUGACGGCAUACUGUUUGGUCCCACCGGAAACCGAAACAUUGUGGUACGAAGUAGCUACCAUUGUGGCUCUCCAUUAUCCAAUGGUCGUCAUUUGCAUUGGUGAUGCAACUUUCAUCACUCUCGUUCGCUCCCUUCACAUGAGAUUCGCACAGCUCAACAAAAUCCUCAAACAACUGUUGAAAACGAGUGAUGAUUCGCCUCAACAUGAAAGAGUAUUCGAAUACACGAUUUUUAAGCGACGCAAUGUGGCUGAUGAGUUUGGAAAACUUACGAAUGAUGAUACAAAGUUGAUGCGUCUAGCAUCGGAAGAUCACUAUGAGCUCGUUAGGAUUGGAAGCUUAAUAAAUACAACGCUUGGGACACAAGCAUUGCUGUCAAUGACACUUGCCUUUUUUUUUCUCAUUGGAUUGCUAUACCGUGCUUCUUCUCUGCUUCUUUGGUCGACCGAUGACAAGGAGGCUGUCAGUGUAGAAGUUGUGAUGCUAUUCAGUUGGGUUUUUUUCAGUAGCUACAGAGUCAUUUCCAUGACUUCGGCAUGCGCGCAAACGAGUGGAGAGUGCAAGGAAACUGCAGUUAUUAUUUGUCAGCUCCAUGAGCCAUCGACGAGCAAAGCAUUUCGCGAUGAGAUCAGUGAUUUUCUGCUUCAAAUGACACAGCACACUGUUACGUUCACGGCAUGUGGUCUGUUCACUCUUGAUUGUAGUCUCAUACAUGGGAUGAUUGGCUCGAUCACAACGUAUCUUGUUAUUCUCGUACAAAUUGGUGACACGUCAAAUUCUUCGUUGCCGUUGAAUUUCGGAACACCAACAAGUGCAACCGAGUGACAGUUAUAGCGACGCACCAUUUUGUUCAUUUCUUCACGUAAAUAACAUGCGAUAUAGGAAUUCAAUUCUUAUUGUUAUGUCUCAUGACUGACUUUUGAAUGCGAUAGUUUGAAUGACUGUAAAUUGUUUGAAAAUCCCUUUGAAAUCUUGGCACACUUUUUUUUGUAAAGUUCACAUAUCUCUGCAGUUCUAUCGAAAAAUAAAAUAUAAAUAUUACGAGCAUAUUCAAUAUAGGUUCGGAACUGCUGUAUGAUCAUCACCUCUAAAAUGUUUAUUAUUGUGCCGGUUUUCUCUGACUGAGUUCAAACCGUUUAAACUCAGUUCAUCGUAUGUCGCAAAUAUAUUUUAAAAAUUAACUUGAAUUAAUAUCAUGUCGGAGAGAAUGACUGUAAUUCUAUCAUAUACAAUUUAUCAAAUCUUCGAACAAAUUUUCGCGUCACAUACCGCUCAACCAUCUUUACCACCGGUGGUCAGACUAGUCUUACGGCGGACAGAACACAGAAUUGACAGAAUACAGACGCGUGAUCGUAGGCAUAAAAAGAAAAGCAGCAAGCAGCUCUGAGCCCUGAGCUCAGUGGAAGCAGUGGAAGCAGCGCAGAGAGCAGAGUGCAGACCGCAGUACACCGGGACACAGUGUACACGUGAUUUGAGAGGACUAAAACAUUAUUUCAGUGGUUAAUACGUUGACUAUUUGUAUUCCUUGGUUUUUUUUUAUUCAUAAAUUUAAAAAAAAUGGCGAAAUUUUGUCUCA